UCCCGGAAGUUGGCGAAUAACUUCUUCCUGCAGUAAAACCGGCAAGAUGGCAGCGGACACGCAGGUUUCAGACACACUAAAGAAAUUUGCAUCAAAGGUGACCACCGCAAGUGUGAAGGAGCGGAAGGAAAUAUUUGGAGAUCUGAAGCAGUGUUUAAAGGGCAAAGAGUUACCAGAGCCUGCAGUAAAAGGACUAUGCAGGCUACUCUGUCUGACAACACACAGAUAUCGGGAUUCAGCAUCCCGCAGAGAGCUGCUUUCUGUCAUUGGCCAGUUGGCUGAGAACCAACCUGACAUCCUGGUGACCAGCCUUCUGCACUGCCUACUGAACAGUGGUGUAAUCAGCAAAAGUGGAGAACCCAGUCAAAGCACAAGCUCUGCUGCUUGCAUUGGCCUGUCAUGGACAAUCCUACUGGUACCCAAAGUGUUUUCUACCCUAGAGAAAAGAGAAGGCCCAGUCUGGAAGAAAAUGGUGGAGGUUCAGAGUCUCCUUGUGGCUGAGGUUGUGGGUGGAGCCAAGACGAUUGCCCUGAAAUCUAGCAUAAAAAAUCUUAAUCACCUUUGGGAUGAAAACCCUGGACUGGUUGAUCAGUACAUCAGCACACUGUUAAGUCUGGACCAGAGUCCAACAACUUUAGUUAUGCUGGGAGUUUGUUUAGACUUUUGCUCCGCCAAGAAGGACAUAGCUAAAAUAGGAGAGUAUAAGAGUUCCCUAUUGGACCUCUAUAUCAAAUCUGUGCUUAUGAGCAAAACGAAAUCACAGCACCACAUUUUAAACAAGAGCAGCUCCAUAAUCCGUCACGUAACCCACUCUGAAUUCAAGGAGCACCUACUUCCUACCCUGCAGAAGACUAUGCUUCGCAGCCCAGAGAAUGCCAUGCAGACUAUUUCCUGCCUGCUGUCUGCUGUGACUCUCGACCUCAGUCAGUAUGCCAUGGACAUCGGAAAGGCCAUAGCAAGUCAGCUCAAAGCCAACAAUACCCAGCUGAUGGAGGAGGCUGGUCAGGCCAUGCAGAACCUGGCCCAACAGUGCAGUGACUCCACAGCCAUUAAGGACAUUGUCACUCAUCUCAUCAAGAUUCUCGGGGGUUCUGAAGGGAAACUCACUGUUGUUGCUCAGAAGAUAAGUGUGUUGUCAGGCAUUGCCAGUUGCAGCCAUCAUGCCGUGUCAGGAACGUCGAGCCAAACUCUUAGCUCUGCUGUUACUGAGAUGUUUAUCCCAUAUUUACAACAAGAAGUUCAUGAGGGCACAUUAGUGCAUGCAGUGUCUGUGCUUUCUCAGUGGAGCAGUCGCCUCACUGUAGAAAUCCCCUCUGCUCUAAUUGACUGGCUGAAGAAGGCCUUUACCCUGAAGACUUCCACCACUCUUGUUCGCCACGCCUACAUUCAGGCCAUGGUCGGGGCCUUCAAAGGUGACACUCUGGCCCAGGCUUCAGAUCUGAUACCUUUGCUGCUUCAAACAGUGGAGAAGGCAGUAGCUCAGAAUUCCCAGCAUGCUUUGGUUGCAGAAGGUGUGGCAGCAUCUGUUCUUUUGAGCCGACUUGCUUUGCUCGAAACACAAUCAGAAUCCAAAUUUAGCAACUUCUGGAAUGUGAUUUUAGAUGAGAAGAAGCCACUUUUCACCACAGAGAAGUUUCUGUCUCAGGCCAGUGAAGAAACUCUGCUCACGGUUCUGCUGCUCUGUGAAAGGCUCUUUUUGGACCAUGCCCACAGACUUAACACCAGCAGAUCACAGAUGUAUCAUCAUACCAUGGUCACAGUCCUGUUGUCUCGGAGCUGGCGUGUCAGGAAGAAGGCUCAACAGACAACCAGGAAGCUGCUGUCUUCUCUUGGUGGAUCCAGUCUUGCUAACGGGCUUCUGGCCAAACUUUGUGUAGUCAUCAAUAAACACAAGGUUCUGUCUCCAGAGGUCCUGGUCUCGGACUCAGGAGAGUUGACUGAUUUGGGUCGUACCUACGUCCCUCCUCGUCUCCUGGUGGAGGCGCUCUAUGUUGUCUGCUCUGUUGCUAGUCAAUGGAGUGACCCUGCAGAAGCAGAAAAACUGGCCCUGGAGAUCCUUAUUGUCUCUCACCAUCCAUCCUUAUUUGAAUGUCGUCGAGGUCUGUGGUCUGUUCUGCUUUCAUUCAUGAACCUAAAAGAAGAAGAGUUUAUAGAAAAGAACCUGGAACCGAUCUUAAAACUUCUCCUAGACAUUCAUGUUGACAAUCAGGGGGUAAAGAACGCUGUUGCCGUUCUAUGUGGCCUCUCCCCCAAGCAGCUGUUACCACGGGUGUUUAGACACAUCACUCAGGCUCUCUCCCGACCUGCUCUCCUUCAGGUGACCAGAGAAGAGUAUGCCAUAAUGUUGACACCAGAAGGACAGCUGUAUGACAACAGCAUUAUUCAGAGCGUUCACAAAGAAAGUACCAAAAAAGCCAACAUGAAGAGAGAAAAUAAAGCAUAUUCCUACAAGGAUCAGAUCAUUGAACUGGAGUUACAGGAGGAGCUGAAGAAGAAAAAGGGCUUUGUAGAUGAAGUCCAGCUAACUGGCAAACAGAAGGAGAUGAUGCAAGCCCAGCUCGAUAAAGAGUCCUCCAUUCGAAAAAGACUUCAAGAGCUGAAUGUGGAGCUGCAGAGUGUGGUUGGGCUGUUGGAAGCUGUUCUGAUAGAAAAACCUACUAAAAUCACAGAAGAGCUUCCUGAAGUUCUGCGGGUUUUGCUUCCAUUACUUCAGUCUCCUCUGGCUGCUCCACGCAUCCAAAAGGUUUUUCUGGACAUUGGAAUGUUCCUUAUGCCCAAACACCUGCACCACCUAGCUGUACUUGUUGGUCAUGUGACUCUGCGGCUGCUUAAGCCAGAGUGUGAUCUGGACAAGGCCUGGGAGCAGGAGGAUCUGGACACAGCAAUCAAGCGUACUGUACAGCUGCUGCAUAACUACACAGUCCCCACACAGAGAGACAGCAGAAUGACUGAUGUGGCUCCUCUGUCUGCACCAGCGUUCUCUUUCUGCUUCCCUCUUCUCAACAUCAUGCUCAAGGACUCUUCUGGCAGCACAACUGAGACAGAGAACAUGAUGACCAAAGCCUUACAAGUCAUCAACGUACAUUGUCAGCUUAGAGCAGAAACGGGAGUGGAUGACAUUGUUAUCGAUGAGAACGGGCCUGAACUGUUACCACGCUUCAACAUGUUGCUUCUUCUGACCAGAAUUAUUUCCACUGCAAGCCCAAGACUUCAGGUAUUGGCAUCUCAGUGUCUGACAGCUCUUUGUACCAGUGCUGGAGGAGAAGACGGCUGCACUGUAGCAGAGCAACCAGAGAUUGAUGUCCUGCUCAACUCCCUGCUUUCGCCCUGUUUCUCUGUGCGAGAUGCUUCGCUCCGGGGUCUGUUGGAGAUGGAGUUUGCUCUCCCUACUGACAGCACCGAGGCUUCUGGCAUGAAUUUGCUCCGUAGGCUUUGGGUUGCAAGAUUUGAUGUAGAAGAAGAGGGACGAGCCUUGGCUCUAAAACUCUGGGAAUCUCUAGGACUAGAGCUGGUGCCUGAACUUUGCUCCCUGCUUAUUGGAGAUGUCACCCAUCACGAGGAUGCCGUACGUUCUGCUGCAGCCGAUGCUUUAUCAAGCGCAGUGUCGGAGUACACAGACCAGUCUGCUACAGUUCUCGAACAACUGACUGAGCUGUACCAGAAGAAACUCUACAGGCCGCCUCCUGUUCUUGAUGCCCUGGGCAGAGUCAUCUCAGAAUCUCCACCUGAUCAAUGGGAGUCCAGGUGUGGAAUUGCUCUGGCUCUCAACAAACUCUCCCAGUACCUGAAUGAAUCUCAGGUCACCCCACUUUUCCUUUUCUUUGUUCCCGAUGCUCUGAAUGAUCGUGAUCCUGAGGUGCGACGCGCCAUGCUGGACGCAGCCCUCUCCGCUCUUAACACACAUGGAAAGGACAAUGUGAGCUCCUUGCUACCAGUGUUUGAGGAGUUCCUGAAGAAUGCCCCCCAAGAUGCUAGUUAUGACUCUGUCCGUCAGAGUGUGGUCAUUCUCAUGGGCUCCUUGGCCAAACAUCUGGACAAAAAUGACCCCAAAGUCAAACCUAUUGUGGCCAAGCUCAUAACUGCACUCUCCACACCAUCACAGCAGGUCCAGGAGUCAGUGGCCAGCUGUUUACCUCCUCUAGUCCCUGCCAUCAAAGAGGAUGCUGCUGGGAUUGUUAAGAACCUGCUGCAGCUAUUGCUGGAGAGUGACAAGUAUGCAGAGAGAAAGGGAGCAGCUUAUGGCCUGGCUGGCCUGGUCAAAGGUCUUGGUAUCUUGGCUCUCAAACAGCAGGACAUCAUGACCACGCUGACCGAUGCAAUCCAGGAUAAAAAGAACUUCAGGCGGAGGGAAGGUGCACUUUUUGCCUUUGAGAUGCUGUGUAACAUGUUGGGGAAGCUGUUUGAGCCAUACGUUGUCCAUGUGCUGCCACAUCUGCUGCUCUGCUUCGGAGAUGGAAACCAGUAUGUCAGAGAGGCUGCAGAUGAUUGUGCCAAGGCUGUGAUGAAAAACCUGAGUGCCCAUGGAGUCAAACUAGUGCUACCUUCAUUACUGGUGGCCCUAGAAGAGGAGUCCUGGAGAACUAAAGCAGGCUCAGUGGAGUUGUUGGGUGCCAUGGCUUUCUGUGCACCCAAGCAGCUGUCCUCCUGCCUGCCCAGCAUUGUGCCUAAGCUGACAGAGGUUCUGACUGACUCCCAUGUGAAGGUGCAGAAGGCUGGUCAGCAGGCCCUGAGACAGAUUGGCUCCGUCAUACGUAACCCUGAAAUCCUGGCCAUUACACCCAUCCUCCUGGACGCCCUCACAGACCCUUCCAGAAGGACUCAGACAUGCCUGCAAACGCUGCUUGACACAAAGUUUGUGCACUUCAUCGACGCUGCCUCACUGGCUCUGAUAAUGCCAAUUGUCCAGAGAGCCUUCCAGGAUAGAUCCACUGACACCCGAAAGAUGGCAGCCCAGAUCAUUGGCAACAUGUACUCCCUCACUGACCAGAAGGAUCUCUCACCCUACCUGCCAAGUGUCAUUCCUGGACUAAAGACUUCUCUUUUGGAUCCAGUGCCCGAGGUGCGAACUGUCUCAGCUAAGGCUCUCGGUGCCAUGGUGAAGGGCAUGGGUGAGUCGUGCUUUGACGACCUGCUGCCAUGGCUAAUGGAAACUCUGGCCUCUGAGCAGAGCUCUGUGGACCGCUCUGGAGCUGCACAAGGUCUGGCUGAGGUGAUGGCUGGACUGGGAGUGGAAAAGCUGGACAAGCUGAUGCCAGAUGUUGUGCAAACUGCCAGCAAAGUAGACAUUGCUUCCCACGUCAGAGAUGGUUAUAUCAUGAUGUUCAUCUAUCUGCCUCUGACCUUUGGAGACAAGUUUACCCCUUAUGUCGGACCAAUUAUCCCCUGCAUUCUCAAGGCUCUGGCAGAUGAAAAUGAAUAUGUGAGAGACACAGCUCUGCGGGCAGGACAGAGAAUCAUCAGUAUGUAUGCAGAGACGGCAAUCGCUCUGCUGCUCCCUGAGCUGGAACAGGGUCUGUUUGAUGACCUCUGGAGAAUCAGAUUCAGCUCAGUGCAGCUGCUUGGGGAUCUGCUCUUCCAUAUCUCUGGAGUAACAGGAAAGAUGACCACAGAAACGGCCUCUGAGGAUGACAACUUUGGAACAGCUGCAUCCAAUAAAGCCAUCAUUGGUGCUCUGGGUGCUGAGAGGCGCAACCGUGUCCUCUCUGGCCUCUACAUGGGCCGAUCAGACACACAGCUGGUGGUUCGACAAGCUUCCCUCCAUGUUUGGAAGAUUGUGGUGUCCAAUACUCCCAGGACUCUUAGAGAGAUCCUUCCAACACUUUUCGGUCUCCUGCUUGGUUUCCUGGCUUCCACCUGCCCAGACAAGAGAACGAUUGCUGCUCGCACACUGGGUGAUCUGGUGAGGAAACUCGGGGAGAAGAUUCUCCCUGAGAUUAUUCCCAUCCUGGAGGAGGGGCUGCGCUCUGACAAGAGUGAUGAGCGACAGGGUGUCUGCAUCGGCCUUAGUGAGAUCAUGAAGUCUACAAGCAAAGAUGCGGUCCUUGUCUUCUCUGAGUCACUGGUCCCAACGGUCAGGAAAGCCUUAUGUGACCCACUGGAGGAGGUCCGAGAGGCUGCUGCCAAGACCUUUGAGCAGCUCCACGCAACCAUCGGUCACCAGGCACUGGAUGACAUUCUGCCCACUCUUCUCAAACAGCUAGAUGAUGAGGAGACAGCCGGGUUUGCAUUGGAUGGUCUUAAACAGGUCAUGGCUGUGAAGAGUCGUUCUGUGCUGCCAUACUUGGUUCCAAAGCUCACAGCGCCACCUGUGAACACCCGUGUGCUGGCCUUCCUCUCUGCUGUGGCAGGUGACGCUCUGACACGACACUUAGGAGUCAUCCUGCCGGCUCUGCUCUCCUCCCUUAAAGAAAAGCUGGGAACAGAGGAGGAAGCACAGGAAUUGUGCAGCUGUCAAACAGUCAUCCUCUCAGUAGAAGAUGAAGUGGGUCAGCGCAUCAUCAUCGAAGACCUUCUUGAGGCCACGAGAGGCUUAGACCCCGGCCUCAGACAGGCCGCUGUCACUAUCCUCAAUGCUUACUUUUCUCGUACCCGCUUGGACUACAGUUCCCAUACACGCACUUUAUUGUCAGGUCUUAUCCGUCUUCUCAACGACUCCAACCCAGAGGUGCUGUCUCAGAGCUGGGAUACCGUCAACUCCAUCACCAAGAAACUGGAUGCAAGCAGCCAGUUGGCACUGAUCGAUGACCUGCAUCGUGACAUUAGAUCUGCAGCUGCAGAUGUGAAAGGUCAACACCUGCCUGGUUUCUGUCUUCCCAAAAAGGGUGUUACCUGCAUCCUGCCUGUCCUCAGAGAAGGUUUUCUCACAGGCAGCCCAGAACAGAAAGAAGAGGCAGCUAAAGCCUUAGGAGGGGUCAUCCGACUGACCUCUGCUGAAGCACUGCGUCCCUCUGUUGUCAACAUCACUGGACCUCUGAUUCGUAUUUUAGGUGAUCGCUUCACUUGGACAGUGAAGACUGCUCUGCUAGAGACUCUUACCCUACUGCUAGCAAAGGUGGGUAUUGCCUUGAAACCCUUCCUCCCUCAGCUGCAGAUGACCUUCCUAAAGGCUCUUAGAGACACCAGUCGUGCAGUGAGGCUGAGAGCUGCUGAGGCUCUGGGUCAGCUGGUGUCCAUUCACACUAAAGUGGAUCCACUCUUCACUGAGCAGCUGACUGCCAUACGAAAUGCUGAGGAUGCCGGAGUCAGGGAGACGAUGCUCCAAGCCCUGAGGUUUGUCAUCCAGGGAGCUGGGUCAAAGGUGGACCCAGCUAUUCGCAAAAACAUCAUCACCACAUUACUGGGCAUGCUGGGACAUGAUGAGGAUGCGACUCGUAUGGCUUCAGCAGGCUGUGUUGGUGAACUGUGUGCCUUCCUGUCAGAGGAGGAGCUGAAGAUGGUUUUACUUCAGCACCUCUUAGCUGAUAUGUCUGGUGUGGACUGGAUGGUGCGUCACGGGCGCAGCAUGGCUCUGGCCAUCGCUGUGAAGUCUGCUCCUGAGAAGCUGUGUCAGAAGGAGUACAGUGAUACUGUAACAGAGAUCGUGUUGGCUAAUGCUACCGCUGACAGGAUCCCCAUAGCCACCAGUGGAAUUAGAGCAGUGGGAUAUUUGAUGAGGCAGCAUCUCAGAACAGAGGGAGGAGACAGUAUUUCCCAGCGCAUCAUCACACAUUUAGUCAAGUGUCUUCAAAACCAGUCAAGUGACAUCAGGCUGGUCUCAGAGCGGGUGCUGUGGUGGGUGUUUAAAGAUCCAGAAACUCCUGCAAUAGAGGCCAGUCUUAUCAAGCCCAUACUGAAGAGUCUGCUUGACAACACCAAGGACAAGAACACAAGUGUCAGGGCCCAGAGCGAAUACACCAUCGUCAGCCUCUUGAAACUUCGUCAGGGAGAGGAGACCAUGCAGGGUGUCGUUGCCAUCCUGGACUCUGCAAGUAACGACCUUCUGUCAGAGUGUCACCGUCGAUCUUUGAAGAAAAUUGUCAGCUUGCCAGACUCCAAUGAAGAGAUAGAUGACACCAUCCUAACAUAACGGAGCAGUGCUGGCAAUAAAUUCACAUCUGAAGAAAUCAACAGAAGCCUGACUGACAUUUCAAAACGUCUCCACUGUAGAACCCCAGACACACUCACAACAUGUGCCCAUGUUGCCCUUCAUGGACCAAAGCACAGAGGGUGUUAAUGUUCUAUAUUCCCCCCCACCCCCCUUCAAAAAUUCUUUUUGUUUAUCACAUAAUUUCUAAGUGUCUUUUUUAAGCCACUUUCUAACUUUGAUCUUUUAUCUUUCAGUGUGCAGGUCAUUAUCUUGUGCUAAAUUAAACCAAGAUGAAACAAGGCCAAAUCUCUUGUGAUGUUACAGUGUUUCUCUACCUAUUUUUUCCAAAUGUAUUGAAACUUUUCAGAAAUUACUGCAACAAAGCAAAAUCCCAAACUUUAUUUGGACCUGCUGUGUGAGGUGUUCAGGGGGAAGCCAGAGUGAAGUCACGCUAAUAUUAGUGAUACGGUUGUAAAAACAACAAGAAUAAAAAGAUCUUGAUUUCACC